GCGGAGCUAAACUUCACCCCGGAGAUGAAGAUAUCUGUGGUGUUCAAGAAGCUGUGGUGCGUCCACAAACAGCUGAUCCUGCUGCUCACUCCACUCCUGUUUCUGCCGUUACUUUUUACAGUGCCGGAAAAGGAGGGAAAAUGUCUUUAUGUGGUGGUGCUGAUGGCUAUGUUUUGGUGCACAGAGGCCCUUCCUCUGGCCGUCACUGCAAUGCUUCCGGUCUGCCUCUUCCCAACUCUCGGAAUCCUUCCAUCCAAAAAAGUCUGCCCCCAGUACUUCCUGGAAACCAAUUUUCUCUUCCUCAGCGGUCUUGUGAUGGCGUCGUCCAUCGAGGAGUGGGGCCUGCAUCGCAGAAUCGCCCUGAAGGUCCUCACUAUUGUCGGAGUGAAACCAGCCUGGCUCAUUUUGGGAAUGAUGCUGACCUCGUCCUUCCUGUCUAUGUGGCUCAGCAACACCGCCACCACCGCCAUGAUGCUCCCCAUAGCUAACGCCAUCCUGGAGAGUCUGUUUGGAGACCUGCAGAGCCUGAAAGAGAAGAGCAAGUUCACAAGUGAUCCUGAGAAUGAUAUUAUAAAUGGUCAGUCUACUGUAAAGCUGCAGUCGCUGCCCUCAGUGCCCGUGGAAAAACAAAUACUGUCGAUAGACGGGGGACAGCCUACACUUGAAAGGCACCGCACCCAACUCAUCCUGAUUGGACAGCCUGAAAAGGAGUCUGGGCUCGCCUCCUGGCUCGGGGGCCACCUCCAGCCUUUGGCCGAGGUCCCUCCUGCUGCAGCUGUGAUGUUGAUCACUGCUUUUCUGGCCUGCUUCACUGAGUUCGCCAGCAACACUGCCACGAUCAUCAUAUUUUUACCCGUCAUUGCUGAACUGGCUAUGCACGUCUCAGUGAACCCCCUGUACUUCAUGAUUCCUGCAACAGUAGGAUGUUCCUACGCCUUCAUGCUGCCCGUGUCCACACCGCCCAACUCUAUCGCCUUUGCAUCAGGACACCUCCUGGUCAAAGACAUGGUGAAAACUGGCAUUGUGAUGAACAUCCUGGGCAUCCUCUCGGUCUCUCUGGCCAUGAACACGUGGGGCGUUGCCAUGUUUAACUUGAACACAUUUCCAGAGUGGGCUCAAACCAUCAACAAGUCUGCUAUUGUUCCUGAUGUGCAUCUAUCAGCUGUCCAGGUGCUCAAUGCUACACUCUGAUCACUCAUCCAUCAGAAGAUUGCACAAAGAUUUAACACGACACAAGGUCUGUAGACAUCUACAGUGUCACUACAAUGUCAGAAAACACUGGGAGCUUCAGCUGUUACCUGAAUUUAACAGGUUUAUGAUACUCAAGUGUCUUUUUUGACUCUUGGGUGACCAAGAUUUCAUGCUGAGAACUGUUUUGCCACAAAGUUUUAAGUUAAAAAUGAUGCAAUAAGUCAAAAACAAGCCACUUUAUUCUACUCCCUGCCUCUUUAAAACAGGACAGGAAAGACAUCUAACCUCAGCAACAAUGACAGCAAGAGCUCUGAAGAGUCUAUAAUAUACUUUAUGAAACUCCUGUCAGACUGCAGUGUGCCGUUUCCAUUGAUGCUACUGCACUGACCUCUGCUGGAAGAAUGAGAGACACCUCUGUGAAUAAUUCUUUUAAAAUAUAUAUUUUUGUCUAAAAUCACUGCAAAAUCUAGUUCCUUGUUUAUGUAUUAUAUGGCAGAUGUCUAAAGCCAUCCCACAUAAGCAAUAUUUUAAAUCUUUACUACAUUAGAGUAUGAAUCCUGAGUAAUGAAUGUGUAAAUUUUGUUACAGAAUGAUUCGCAUUCAUAUAACUGCUGUUACAAAUAAAUUGAGUUUGUAUUAUGAUAAUCUAGUUGAACAUAGUCUCUGUAUUUGUUCUCAGGUUUUGAUUAGCUGUAGCUGCACUGCUGCAGGUAUUUUCACACCUUUUUGCCUGUGCAUACACAAAGAGAGUGAGAGACAGCACACGCUUGUAAAUUCCUGCCAGUGUUUGUUUGGUGUAGUAAACUGUCUCAAAUCAUGAGGCCUAACAACAAUGGUUAACUUGUGCAAGGCUGUGGUCGUUACUGAGUGUUAGCAGGGUCAGUGCAAAAGGUCCCGUGGUGUUUAAAUGCAAAACUAUUAAAAAAAAAAAAAAAAAAAAACGCAACCAAAACCCACAGA